UCUCACGCAGUCAAGUGAUGCGAUUUCGCAGGUCAGAGUUCACCAAAUUUACACUUUACAACGCAGCGAUCUGCAAAACUUGACGCACAAGCUUGCGUUUCCUGUCUGAUGCAUUCGCGUGCAUAUGAAUGGAAGUCUAUGGGGAGAAAAGUCCAAUGUGACCGCAACUUAAGUGUGUAAGAGCAGGGUUGGAACUAAACUGUGCGGGUAUGCGGCCCUCCAGAUACUGACUUUGACACCCCUGAUCUAACCCAAAAAACAAACCUAACCAUGGGGUUAAAAAGUGUCAUUUAAACUUAAUGGAAAAAAAUUAACCCAAUCAUAUCUACCCAACCAAAUUAACCCAGUAUUGUCCAUAUUUAAUCUAGGGCUAGGUUAGAGCAACAUACCAUAUUUUGUUUAGUGUAGAAACAUUUUCUAUAUGUUAUUAGACAGUAUGAUGAUUGGUGUUGGCAUGAAAAAAAGCAAUAUGAUUCUAAACCUAAAAAUAGGAGCAACGAACAUUAAAAGUACAUAGUCAUGGUUUUGUAAAUUAUAUGAUUAUUGUCUGCUGACUUAACCUUUGCUUUCCACACACACACACACACACACACACACACACACACACACACAUAUGCAAACUAAAAACCAGGGAGUGUUUGGAUUGGAAUUCCAGAGAAAUGAAACCUAUUCCUCUGCCAUUAGAGUCUCUGCUUGAAGAUCCACACUCUUCUAGUUUGGUCGAAGCUGUAUGUAGGAAAUAUUUGACUUGAUCUGUAAAACCAGGUAAGAACAUCUUAUAAACUCAUUUUGCUGACAUUUAAAGCGAUUUAAAUGUUACUGUUUGAUAAUUAUGUGUUAUAAUCUCUUGCUGUCAUGUUAUUACUUGAUGCAUUAAUUAUUUUUUAUGUUGGAUGUUAGAAUUUAGUACAUUUUACAUGUGGUUAUUCAUUAAGCGUUUGCAUGUGUUUACAUGUGGCAGAUUGUUUUGAAGCAUCUGCAAAGAUGUCUGAGUCGUCCUCAAGUGAGUAUGUAGAUCAGUUCAGCUGUCCAGUGUGUUUGGAUCUGCUGAAGGAGCCGGUGACGAUUCCCUGUGGACACAGUUACUGUAUGAGCUGUAUUACUGACUGCUGGAGCCUGAAGGAGCAGGGGCCGCCGUACCGCUGUCCCCAAUGCAGAGAGAGCUUCAGUCAGAGACCUCUACUGAAGAAGAACACUCUGAUAGCUGAGAUGAUGGAGACGCUGCAGAAGACGGCCCUACAGACGCCUGCUGCUGCUGCUGUGGACUGUGAUGUUUGCACUACAGAGAAGAACAGAGCUGUAAAGUCCUGUCUGCAGUGCUUGGCCUCCUUCUGCCAAACUCACCUGCAGCUUCACUAUGAGUCUCCUGCGUUUAUGAAGCACAAACUAGUGGACGCCUCCAGACACAUUCAGGAGAACAUCUGCCCCAGUCAUGGGAGACCGCUGGAGAUUUACUGUCAGGAUGAUCAUCAGUGUAUUUGCUGCAUGUGCACUGAUAAUCAUAAAGGACACAGUGUGGUGUCUGUGGAUUCAGAAUGGACUAGUAAAAAGGAAGAGUUAGAGGAGAUGAAGUUAAAGUGUCUAAAAUUGAUCAAGGACCGAGAGAAAGGACAGCAGGACCUCAGUAAAGCUACAAAAAAUCUAAAAAGCUCAGCUGACGAGGCGGUGGAGAGGAUGGAGAAGGUGUUCACUGAGCUCAUCUGCUCUCUGGAGAAGAAACGCUCUGAGAUUAAAGAGCAGAUCAGAGCUCAGGAGAAGACUGAGACAGAUCGAGCAGAGCAACUUCACCAACAUCUGCAUCAAGAGCUGACACAACUCAGAAAAACACAAGCAGAGAUCGAUAAACUGCUCACUACUGAAGACCAGAUCCACUGUCUGAAGAGCUGUGAGUCUGUGUGUGUGUUACCCACAUUUAAAGAUGUUCCCAGCUUCACUUCACACACUCAUCUGUCUUUUAAAGACCUUUCAAUCUCAGCAUUCAGAGAGGCUUUAGAGGACGCCUGUCAACAGCAAACAGAUGCAAUAAGCAGAGAAGUGUCAAAUGUUCAUGUUGUACAGACUCCACAACCAAAGUCUGAACACGACUUUUUGCAAUAUUACUGUAAACUGCAAAUGGAUUCCAGCACAGCACACAGAGAACUCAAACUGUCUGAGGAGAAGAGGAAAGUUUCAUUUUCAGAUGAGGUCCAGCCAUAUCCUGAUCAUCCACAACGCUUUGAUUGGUUUCAUUAUAUUUUGUGUAGAGAGGGUUUGACUGGUCGCUGUUAUUGGGAGGUCGAGUGCAGCGGGGACAUAUGGGGUGUAGCAGUUUGUUACAGAGGAAUUAGACGGAAAGGAAACAGCGACGACUGUAAACUAGGCUUCAAUAAAGUAUCCUGGAGAUUGAACCGCUUACAGCAGAAUAUCACUUACAUACGUAAUAAAGUUCAAGUGCGUAUUAAAGCUGGUUGCUUCUCUAGAAUUGGAGUGUAUCUGGAUCACAGAGCAGGAAUUCUGUCCUUUUACAGUGUUUCUGAUACGAACACUCUCCUUUAUAAAGUCCAGACCACCUUCACUGAACCGCUGUACCCUGCGUUUAUAAUUGGACAAGGUUCUUCUGUCAGAAUCUUUGAUAAAAGAACAGCUCAGAUGGAAGAAUUAACAUAAUUGAUAGUUUUAAAUGCACUUCCUGUAGGGCUGGCUCAGUGGUUAGCACUGUUGCCUCACAGCAAGAAGGUCACUGGUUCAAAUCCCAGCUGGGUCUGUUGGCAU